UUUGCUUUUACCCAAGAAGAGCAAAUUGUCAGUGAAAUAAUGACUCAGCAUAGAAUAUAGCAUCACGAGAGUGACUUUGGCCAAAGGGUGAAAAAGAAAUUAAGAAAUCUCAACAGAAUCGAGUAGAGAUAUCUAGCCAAAAACGGCGACUUAGCUGCCUCUGAACCCGGCUACCAUCAAUCCCUGUAUCAUGCCUCACGCCGUCACGGCCGUGGCUCCAGGGCUGCAGGCCUUGAUUCUUUGUGGCCCUGGCUCAUCUUUUCCUACAUUCACCACGAAUCCCGAUGAGAACCCCAAGGCUUUGCUCCCCAUAGCAAACAGGCCAAUGGUGUGGUAUCCAUUGAGCUUUUGCUAUAGGGUGGGAAUCACAGAUAUCACCCUUAUUUGCCCGCCAACGGCAGAAGAGGCUCUCAACGCCUCCCUUAAAACUAACCCCUUCCUCACCAGUUUACCUCUUCCCACCCCUACUCUUCUAGCUCCCAAAGACCUUACAUACAACACAGGAACCGCAGACAUUCUUCGUCUGCCCGAGGUUCGCGAGGCUGUGACUCAGAACUUCAUCGUCCUUCCCUGCGACCUUGUAUGUGAGCUCGGUGGCGAUCAGCUGGUCCAAGCAUGGAUGGUCAGGUCGGCCAAGCUGGAGGGCAUGUUCACGGAGCAGCAGUCCACUCAUGAGCCGCGCAGUGGCGGUCUCGGCGUGUGGUACGACACCAAAGCAAGCCCUAUCAAGGGCGAGGAGACGGAUUUUGUCAUAACAACUCCAAGCCCAGAGCUGCCGGUCGCGCCACCGAAGGACUCUGUGUUGACGCGACUCCAGAACGUGGUAUAUUCCAUGCCAAAGGAUACGCUCAACGACAUAACAGAUGACAACGAAGGCUUCCCCAUUCGUCAUGGCUUGCUUCGCGCUCACUCCCGGAUACGGAUGGUAUCAAGUCAUCGGGAUGCACACGUCUAUAUUUUUCCACGUUGGGUAAUGGAUCUUGUCAAGGAAAACCCCCACAUGGAGAGUAUUGCCGAAGACGUCGUUGGCUGGUGGGCCAAAGCCACUUGGCAGAAUGGACUUGGAGCCAAGCUGGGUUUGGACCGUAUCUUGGGCACGUCCAGCGACGAGCAAUCAUCCGAGACAUCCCAGACCAGCAGCCCAUCGACACCAACCAAGGCUGAUAGACCUACACUGCCAAAGAGGCUAUCUUCUGUUCCAGACAAGUUCCAAGUUCCUCAUAUGACAGCGUACAUUCACCCGUCGGGACCAACAGACCCGUUGAUCCGCCGUGUGGACACAGCACAAGCACUACUUUCGGUCUCGCUCCAGCUCGCAAAAUUGCCUUCACUGGAGGAGACGGGCGUCGCAGCAGCAACAUCCCCUUUUGCGCAUUCCCGCAAGGUCGCAUACCCGGAAGGCGUACGACCCAAAACAACCAUCACGCGGCCCGACAGCCUGGUGGCCGACAAUGUCAUUGUCGAGGAGAAGGUGUCCAUCAAGGAGUCUGUCAUCGGUGCCAACUGCAAAAUCGAGGAGGGUGCGAAACUGCAGGGCUGUCUUCUGAUGGACGGCGUCGUCGUUGGCAAGGGCUGCAGGCUUGUCAGGUGUAUUCUUGGAAAGCGAAGCCAGAUUGGAGAGGGCUCUACGUUGAUGGAAUGCGAAGUACAAGAGAACUUACUGGUUGAACCCAAGACCGAAGAAAAGAACACCAAAAUAAUGAGUUCGUCGGGUCUCGAAGCUACCGAGGAGGAGAUGCAGGAGGUUCUCGAGGCAAUGUCGGACGUCGAGAUUGGCGACGAGACAAAAUAGGGCCGCAGCUAGAGUGGUUAUGGAGCGCGCUUAGUGUACGUAGCCGUCUACCGUUGGUCGCUAAACAAAACGGAUAGCAUGCAGCAAUAUGCCUCGGCGGGUCGGGUCGGCGGCUAGCCGACCCCAACGGUUACCCGCAAUUCUCAUUAACAACGCCUAGUCUGUUUACUGUGUCAACUUACUUUGCUGGGGCGCAGAGCAACAGUACAGACGCGGGAGAGCCUUGCGUAGCCCAGGACUGGAGUGGAUUGUCAUACACGGCCAACGGCGCGACCUCCCGGCUUGGGCACUUUUUGAGCGGGACGGUAAUCCAGGAAGCGUUGGUUUGUCAAUGGAUUAUGCAGGCAGAGGAACACUGAAGCAAUUCGCUAUGACGAAAGGAACUCCAACCUUUGACAAAUUCGAGCUUAACAAACAACAUUUGAAUAUGCUCGAAUACUGUGAUGUGGCCUUGGAGUACUCUCAAGGUCUUAGGGCCAAGGAUCCUGGGAUCUGUACCUUUGAAGCAGCUUUGACUUUUGUUCCCCGACGCUAGACCAUGGCGGAAAGCCAGCUCCAUGCUAGCCUAGAGCUUGGGUUCGUCCCUCACUUCGUCUUACCUCUAUAUCCCGAUUUAACCAAUUUUCAGCCCAACUGAUGUAUCGUAUCCAUCUCAUGACUUACUGCAAGCAAGAUUCUUUCCUCUCUUUCUGUCCCAUCAACAACUGACAGCACAGCACCGCAAUUGACAACAAAGGCCGUGGCUAUGAUGGGCGGGGGAAACUUGCUGGGGGACAUGGACCAAUCACAACCUUUACCAUCCUCCCGGUAAGUGUUCAAAAAUCCAAUUUCCCCGUCGAUGUUAUCAGAGCAAAGCAGGUGUGCAGCAAGUCGGUUUUUUCUUAUGCACUAUGUGCUACGUAGAAAAUAUUUCGAUGUAAAUAGAUGAGGGGUUCCUGUUUCUAAUGCAGGAGCCUCUAUUCCGCAAAAAAAGAGAAAGGUGCGAUGUCGGG